CGGGCCCAGGACAGCCUGGUGAGUGGCUGACAGAGGGCACGCUUGACCUCAAUUUACAUCACAUCCGGUACCAGCUGAUGGAGGGAAGUCAACGCGGCUUGUCAUUCCGGUGAGCACAGCUAUGGCUCGGCCUCUGUUUGGCGGUGCAAUAUCAGCUGUUAUUCCCCAUAGUGCCCAGGAUGUCAGUGAACUGAGACAGAUCCCUGAUAAUCAAGAAGUGUUUGCUCACUCUCAGACAGAUCAGAGUAUUAUCAUUGAACUGCUGGAGUACCAAAGCCAAGUGCAAGAUGCUGAUGCAGCCAGGUAUCAUUUUGAGGAUGUGGCUGCAAGUAACAAGGCGGUAGAGAACGGCUCCUGGGAGGUCAGAGGUGUGGAGCAGGUCCUUCAGUCGGAGCUAUCAAUGCAGGAAUGCAGCUCUGCCUGGCUGCUGUCUGGAGCUCAGCUGAUCUCUAAAUUCAAUGAGGAGGCCAAGAACACUGUGAACAUUCACCUGUGCUUGUUCCGUCUGCCGCUGUACACCACUGACAUCUUAGUGACGUUCAACGAUCCUGUUUGUAUCAAUCCCCUCAGCAGCAGUGCCGUUGAAAAUGGGGCUGCUAUACCAUGGACACUACAGGACUUCAAGGGUGUUCUGCAGUCAUUCUGUCUACUUGACCCUGGAGUGUUUGGGUAGAUGCUUAACGUUUACAUUUAAAUGCAGGUGGUUUCCAUUUAAAAAUCGUUUUUUUUUGUUUGUUUUUUUUUCCCAGAAGCUUUUACAGUUAUGCCUCUACAAUGACUGAAGAGAAAAAUACAAAGUUAACAGGUUAAACAGGCUAAACUGGUUAAAACACAGCUAGAAAGCUAGAGUCUGUAUAAAAUAUUAUUUCUUGUAGUGCAAGGCUUACCAGUUGUCUGAUUCAUAAGGCUGUACAAAUAGAGAAUCUUGAGUUAUUGGUAAAAAACAAAAAUAAAUCAUUUUUAUAAAGAAAAACAUUGUCUUCCUGAAACUGACUCACAUUUGAAAACCAGCGUUUACGCAACUUGUUGUAUAUUUAUGCUGGUUCUUUCAGGAAAAUUGCUCUGGAGUUUUCUUAAGGUUCUCUCAAAUGUUUGCAGUUAUCAUUGUCUUUUGUUUGCAGAUUCAAACGUCUCCAUUACUUAACAACAAAACUAAUGUUUAACAACUUUACUGAAACGCUGUGUUGAAAAUAAGGUUUUCCUUUAAUGUAAGACACUUUUGCUAACUUAUCUUUAACUUGUAAGCACUAUUAAGGCAUCUAUACAUUUGGGGCCUUUAUUAAAAAAAAAAAAAAAAAAAGCACAAUCAGAA